UUGGACAAGCUAAUUAAUACAAAGAAAUGAUGGAUUGCAUAGACUCCACAGACGAUACGCCUUGGGAGAAGUUUACACAGAAUGAGUGAGGAGAACAGUGUAGCAAAAAUAUGUUAUACAUAGAUAAUUCAAUCUUAACUUUUCAAACCCAGCAGAUCACAGCUGGCAGUAAGGCACUUCACCAGAGGACAGGAUGGCAUGGCUUCUAAAUGCACUCAAAAGCAUUUCAGUUGAGCCUGUCAUGCUCAUUAAUGGUGCUUGUACCCAGGCAAUGCGGCUCUUUGCCGAAAACGUGCAGAUGAUUAAGAUAUGUUCAGUCAACUUCGGUUUUUCAGCCAAAGUAUGUGAAAAUUUGGACGAUCAUCUAGAGGAGAAUGUGUCGGUCCAAAAGGAGUUCACUGUAUUUUCUUUUUACAACAGCAUAAUCCUUUCUGUAACUACUCUUAUAUUUGUGCUCUUCAUGGGGUCAUGGAGUGAUAAAUAUGGGAGAAAGAUUCCUCUCUUGCUCACUCUGGUGUGCCAAGUGUUGUAUGCUGCGGGGUAUCUGCUCAGCAACUGGCAAAGUUCUUGGCCUGUGGAAAUGAUCUAUCUAGUGACAUUCUUAGAGUCAUUCGGUGGAAGUAACGUGGGUCUUUUAAGUUUGACCACCAGCUACAUUAGCGACAUCUGUCCUGAGAAAAGCCGCACGUCACGUAUCAGCAUAGCCAAUUCUAUGUGGUACUUGGGUGGUCCUCUAGGUACCCUUAUUGGAGCCGUCAUCAUCAAACACACUACCUACAGUAUAGCAUUGUCACUGGUUCUCUUGGCAAACGUUUCAGUUGUGAUCUAUGUAAUUUUCUUUAUCAAAGAAAGUCACAGACCCUUCGUUACAGUGGAACUCCAGAACAAAGGAUCACUUAAUAGUGGGAUUAGUGAGGAUUCAAAGGAACAAGCUACCAUUUCACGUAUAGUCAAGGAUUUCUUCAACUGGAGAAGAGUUGUAGAGUCCUUUGAAACAGCGCUCAGGAAGAGGGAAGGACACACUCGUGUGCUCUUGAUCAUUAUUGGUUCUAAUAUGAUCCAUUUUGCUGGUAGAGGAUUCUUCAUGUACAUGUUUGUCAGACAAGCGCUACACUGGAAUGCGACAGACUAUGGAUACUGGUUUACAUACAGAAGCCUUCUGACUGCACUGGGUUCUCUGCUCUUGAUUACUCCACUAACAAGACUAUGUGACAUCAAAGACACAACAUUAGUGUUCAUAGGUUCCUUAUCAAUAGUUAACGAAUAUGUUUGUUAUGGUCUUGUAAUGAACAAAUCGCUGUCUUUUCUGUUAUGGUUGGGACCUAUAGCAGGUCUCAUUUCCAACGCCAGCCUCAUUGCCUUCGGGUCGAUGCCUACGAAGCUGGUUGGCAGCAAUGAAAAAGGUCGUAUCAGUGCUGUCGUGUCUGCUAUAAAUAGCUUCAUGCCGAUGGUAGGAUAUGCUAUUUAUUCACCAGUGUACUACAGGACAGUAGACUCCUUCCCAUCAGCACAAUUCUUUAUUGCUGCCAGCCUUAAUCUCCUAAUCAUAGUAAUGUUUGUUGCCGUCCAUUGCGGUUCUUCAUCACACGACAGCAAGGAUCUGGAACCCACCCUUUCCAAAGGCAAUGAACAUGUUGAUGUGUUCAAAAACGGGACCGCUGUCACUCUUAGGAGUUUCGUUCGCACUUUUAGCGGUCCAGUACAACGGGACAAUACGACAGUGGAAAAUAAUCAAACUCCAGGAAAGGAGAUUGAUGUUCAGGCACACGAAGCUUCCUCGAAGGACGCCCAAGAAGUUGGAGCACCAGAAACCAAGAAAAGUUUGACGGGUUUAAUUAACCCUUCAUUUUCAUGCGACGGUGAAGGGAGCGUGUGCAAGAGUGAUUUGCAAAAAGGCACAGAAAGCAGUAUAUAGGCUGUUACUGCUGAAGAAAUAGUCACGCAAUCCAAUAUAAGUCAGGAGAGUCCUGUUGUCAGAGGGAAGGAUUGCACUGUGAGAAGGCCGAGUGUAGCAGAAACUGACGUGAAUUUGGCCAAACCCUGGCAUUUGGUAUAACAAGCAAAUUUUUGUUUUUUAUGAUUGCAAUAUAUGUCAGGGUAAAGAAAAAACACAACCCCAAUCAACUUUAUGGAACACGAUUUUUCCUUUGAUUAAUUUCUGCCCCUCCGUAAGAAGAUUCCAUGACGCAUGGAAUCCUCUUUAUACAAAUCUGAAUAAUUUCUUCAGUUUUAUACUAGCAUUAGUCAUAUUAGCUUAUCUGAGGGGAGAUUUGUGUGUGUGUGUGUGUGUGUCCUGCCAUCCUUCUGUUUGUGUGUCUGUAGAUCCAAGGAGCCCAGUCGCAGACUUACUUUCAAGGAGAGUCCCAGUUUUUAUCGAAAGUUUCCUUUCAUUCUUAGGCAUUAAAUAAUGUGAUAUUAAUUGAAAAAAAUAUAUGAAUUACUAGAUUUUCUGGAAAUUUUAUAUGAAAAUAGAAAUAUAAAGAUAAUUAGUUCAAUCAGUGAGGAGAGUGACUUAUCGGCAGUGACUAUUAAAAGUCUUAUUCAAGGCCACUAUAGCUGUCAGACCAUACUAUUAUUUCAAUAAUGUACAAAUAGCAAAGUUUUUAUAUCUGUAGUUAGUAUAUCCGUUGCUUGUCUUCAUACCACAGUAUUCAAAGUAAGUUACCUUACUUUGCGGUAGCUGGUCGCAUUAAAUAUGCAAAGUGUUGCUGCCUUUAUUUACAGGACUGUGAUGGGUUAUGUAAUUGUCUUCUGAUUCCUUUUCACAAAGGGAAGUUCACAGUUAGAAGGGACAGCCAUUUAUUCUGGAGCGGUACUUGGUCAGAUAUGAGUUUGAUGAGGUCUAGAAAGACACAUGGUGGUCUCAUUAACAUUGCGCAGUUGGGACAAAAUGGUUAAGUACAGCUCUUAUUAUUGUCCAGUACAGAAAAACAGUAAGAUCACUGGCACCUGGUCCGAGCAGGACAGAGAGAUGAACGUGAUAAUGGGCCCCUCCAAUUAUUUCUAGACUUCCUAAGAAAACACAACCCUUUCGGAGUUGAGGAUGAACAUCAGUUGGUAAAUAUUGCGAGUGGAAUUAUUUCAGAUGAACGGGAAAUGUUGAAACAUCACUGCAGAUUGGGAAGGUCAUUCAAGAACAAAUAACAGGAAUGACAUUUUCUCAAAUAACCAUGAAAAGAAAAAACUUUUAAGGUAAUGCAGAAAACUGUGAAAGUGGCAGGUGAGAAUUUGUUCAUAUCAUGCACUGAGUUAUAUAGGAGACUUCUGGCUAUAUGCUACAGCCAAGGUCAGCCUACAGAGGCAAUCUUCUAUGGCUGUCAGCAGUUGUCCCCUCUUUCGUUUUUCGUUAGACGAGUGGUUUUCGCUCUCGGCUACUAAUCUGGUGGUCCGAAGUUCGAUUCUGGCCUCGGCCAACGCAGAAUCAGAGGAAUUUAUUUCUGGUGAUAGAAAUUCAUUUCUCGAUAUAAUAUGGUUCGGAUCCCACAAGAAGCUGUUGCUAGGUAACUAAUUGGUUCCUAGCCACGUAAAAAUAUCCAAUCCUUCGGGCCAGCCCUAGGAGAGCUGUUAAUCAGCUCAGUGGUCUGGUUAAACUAAGAUACACUUAACUUUGUCCCUUCUCUCUUUAUAGAUGAUGGAGGAAUGAGAAAUACACCAGUCACAUCUCUCACAAUUUAUCGCACAUAUGGAUCUUGGUAUUAUCUGUGAAAUCAGUAAGCUUUGCUACUCAGUCAGUAUUGGCCAAAAACUGGAAAAAUAGACUUAUGAGUUAAGUGUGGCCAGUAAUGCGGAGGAAAAGUCCUGGCCUACCUGUUUAUGCUAUAUUUGAUUGCUAUACAGUUAGCACAACCAAAGAUCAAGCACAGAAGCGGUGUCAACUAGACAAAUCUUCACAGGAUAUGAUCUCAAAUCUCACUUCUCUCAUUCCAUCUAACAAAACAAAGUUUCUCUCUAAUAGAUGCAACAAGCAGUCAGCCUUUUUUGAGUUGGGAAAGGUAAAACACAUGAAACUCUUAAUGUCAUCCCAAAAACUGAGGUCUGAUGUGCUUGGUUUUGAAGAUAGUAAUGCCAACACUGAUGAUAUUUUAGAUGUAGGAUUGAAUAUGUAUCACUGCUGUACCAAGGAGGUAGUUUUCAGGCACUGAAGCCCUUACUGAGCUUAGAAUCCUCUACAUUAUUUCUCCCACAAAAUAUGUCCCAAUAGAAAGGGUGCCACCAUCUGAAAGGAUGUGCCAGUUUUAUUAUCUGAGGGUUCAUUUUGAAGUGUGUACCUGGCGCGACCUGAAAACAGCCCUCAAAUAUGAGGACUAUGGGUGCAGGCUAAAAGCAGAUGGAUCAAUUGAUCAAUUAAUGAUAGUUAAGCCUUCAGCUCCUCCAGAACUACUAAUAAACAUCAAAUGUAGCUGUAAAAUAAACGUGUGUGUUUCAUGUAGCUGUUCUAAAAAGCCUCUUCCCUGUACAGUUCACUCUAUGCAUUUCGUGGGGAAUGCAAUGACUGUGGAGGAUGAGGAGGAGGAUUUUGACGAUGUGUAGCAGCGGGCCUUCGGUAUUGUUUACAGCAACUAUUUUCUGUUAUUAUUUUUGUAUGAAUGAUGCUUCUAUAUACCAUAUUAGGGUUGAUUAUAAUAGGUGUUAAUGAUCAGCAUCUAUGAUUAAGGGAAACUAUUUUAUUUCAAAUUUAUAAAUUUUCAUUAAACAGUCUAAUUAUGUUCUGUUAUUGUUUUCCUAUAAGUAAGGGUUCUAUUCUAUAUAUUCUAUAUUAGGAUUGCUAAUAUUACAGGUGAUGAUAAUCAGCAUCUAUGAUUAAGGCAAAACAUAUAUAAUAUAAUUAAGGCAAAACAUAUACAAUUGAUAUAAAAUAAAAAUGAUAUACUUAUUUUUUCUACUUUAUUCUAAAUGUAUCAGUUUUCUUUAAAAGUCUAAUUAUGUUCUCGGUUAUUAUCUUUUUAAUAAAUAAGGGUUCUAUUCUAUGUAUUUUAUAUUAUGAUUGCUAAUAUUACAGGUGUUGAUGAUCAGCAGCUAGCAAUAAGGAAACAUAUAUUGAUUGAAAAUGAAAAGGUGUAUACUCAUUUCCAUUUUAUUCCAAAUGUAUCAAUUUUCUUUAAACAGUCUAACUAUAUUCUCUAAUUAUUUUUGUAUAAAUAAGGGUUCUAUUCUAUAUUAAGAUUGCUAAUAUUACAGGUGUUGAUGAUCCAUAGCUAGAAAUGAGGAAACAUAUUGAUUUUUUCAAAUAAUAAUGCAUUUAUUUUUAUGUUUCAUUUAAAAUGUAUCAUUUUUCUUUAAUUGAAACAGUACCUCCAUUUUAUGGGUAUCAUUAUAAACUUUAUGCUUUAAACUAUAAUAUUUAGAGCAAAAAAAAAGUAAUUGAAAUAUUAGUCCGGAAAAAAUUUAUUUUCUCAUUUCGGGUGGCGGCCAUUUUCCAUAUUGCCAAAAUAUAUGGUUGCAUAUUGUUGAUUUUGGUUGAAUUAUUUUUUUUUUUUUUUUGGGUGGGGGACAUAUUUGUCAUCCACGGGAACGCACUGAACGUAUAAAAUGCUUGUUAUACUAAAUGCCUGGGUGAGUCUUCGGUCAAUUUUUACUGGCCUAUUAAGGAUAUAAACAAAGUGUGAGUUACGAUUAAUUUCAUAAUAGUCCAAAAGAAACUUUGCAUUAGACACAUUUACAGUAUGGUCAGAGAGUGUACUAUACUGCA